AUGGCAGGCACAGGGGACCUUCCUAAAGGAAAGGGUCAGAAACAUUCACAAAGGAAACGAACCAUGUUCACUGAGAAACAACUGGCAGAUUUAGAAUUCUUGUUCAGCAAGAACCCAUACCCCGCUCCCAGCCUUCAGAAAGAAAUGGCCUCGAAACUGGAGAUACAUCCCACCGUACUGCAGGUUUGGCUCAAGAACCACAGAGCAAAAGUCAAGAAAGCCAAACAACAGCAAUUAGCUGGGGCGGAAGUCAAGGCCAGCUCUUCCAAGAGACCCACGGAUGCCGCUCCAGGAGCCCCCGAUGGUGCCUACCCUGCUUCCCUCGUUUAUACAGAUCACCCCAUACCUUCCUUCCAACUCAGCAUAUGCUCCAAUUUUAAGGCUCUCUCAGACCAUCCUUCUGGCCACAAAAUAGUCCAUUUCGGCUGCUGCCGAGAUCCUAACAUCUACUCCCUAUGUCCCAUUACGGAAUCCCAAAUUCUUUCCACAAGCUUCACUGCUAAUUCUUUGGGUUCUUCAUCUCCACAAAGAACUUAGUGAGCAAAGCCAGACACAAAAGGUCACCUACUGUAACGAUUCUCAAUGAUUCCAGACAAGAGACAGAGUCAGGAUCUACGCAACAUGGAGGCAUUUCAGAAACGGGCUUCGUGGAAAAAAAAAAAAAAAAAAAAAAAGACCCACAAGUGCCCGUGGGGUGGAACUGAGU